AUGAGUUAUUCGAGUAAACAGGGGCAGGAAGAGGGCACGCCGAACGAGAUCAGACGUAUUAAUCGUGAGCUGCGGCGCAACCUCAUAUUGGAAACGGCUUUAAUCGCCUUCGCGCUGGGUGUGCUGACCGUGGUAAGCGUACUUCUCACCGCAUACGGAUGGCACACGCACAACGACAACCUGUUCGCUCUUGGAUUGUACAUCCUUGUUGCGCAUCUUGCCUUCCACAUUUUCGAGUUCCUUGCAGCUGCGUUCACCCGUCCUCACGACACCCACCCUGAUGCCUUCAUGGUGUUUCACUCGACACCGUACCUCAUUGCGAAUGGCACAGCGCUGUUGGAAUUUUUUCUGGAGGCGUACGCCAUUCCUGAGGGGUGGAAGCUCGACCCCACCCGUCAUCCACUGCUCGGCUUUUUCUUACGAGUGAACUGUGCCUCGGCGCUCCUCUUCACCCUUCUUGUUGCUGUUUUCUACGGCAUCCGUGUCAUGUCAAUGCUGCAGUGCGGCGCCAACUUUUCCCUCAUGAUUGAGGACGAACGGCGCUCCAGUCAUCAGCUGGUGACGCAGGGCCUGUACCGCUAUCUGCGCCACCCAGCUUACUUUGGAUGGUUUUGGCGCACUUGCUGCGCGCAGUGGAUACUGGCAAACCCUGUCUCUGCUGUGGUCCACACCGUGGUAACCUGGUACUUCUUUCGAUCCCGCAUCGCAUAUGAGGAGGCCACACUGCAGCGACCAGAUUACUUUGGAGAGACUUACAAGAAGUACAUGGCAUGUACCAUCGUCGGGAUUCCAUUUCUAUAG